AUGGGCUCCUUCUCGCCCGACCCGCCCAAGCCAUGGGUCGAGACGCCCCUCAUCUUCUCGCCGCCCCUCUCCCGGGCGGCAGGGUGCAAUAUCUUCCUCAAGCUCGAAAAUACCCAACCAUCCGGCUCUUUCAAGUCCCGCGGCAUUGGCAACAUGAUGCUCACCGCCGUCUCCACCACCCUCCCAGACGAACAACCACACUUCUACUGCUCCUCAGGCGGCAACGCGGGACUCGCCUGCGCAACAACAGCCAUCACACUAAACCGGCCGGCGACCAUCGUGGUGCCGACCGCCACCUCGGACUUCAUGGUCGGCAAGCUGCGCGAGCUCGGCGCCGAGGUCAUCCAGACGGGCGCGAGCUGGGUCGAGGCCGACACCUUCCUGCGCGAGACGCUCCUCGCGCCCGAGGCCGGCGUGCGCAAGGUCUAUGUCCCCCCCUUCGACCACCCGGACAUCUGGGCCGGCGCGGCGACCCUCGUCGACGAGAUCGCGCUCGACUUCGGCGCCGUCGGCGGCCGCUACUCGGGCCGCGGCGGGCUGGACGCCGUCGUCUGCAACGUCGGCGGCGGCGGUCUGCUCAACGGCAUCAUGGACGGCCUCGAGCGCAACGCCAAGCGCCUCGGCUCCCGCAGCGGGACCAAGGUCCUCGCCAUGGAGACGGUCGGCGCCGAGAGCCUGUACGCCAGCGUGCGCGCCGGCGAGCUGGUCACCCUGCCCGGCAUCACGUCCAUCGCGACCAGCCUGGGCGCGCGCCGCGUGUCGGAGAAGACGUGGGAGUGGUACCAGAAGGUCGGCGACGAGGGCAUGGCCUGCUCGACCGUCACCGACAAGGAGGCGGCGCUGGCGUGCGUGCGGUUUUUGGAUGAUGCGAGGAUAUUGAUCGAGGUUGCUUGUGGUGCGACGAUCGCGACGGCGUAUAAUGGCGACUUGAGGCGGCACCUCGGGAAGGGGUUGGGCGAUGAGGAGUGGGCGAGCAGGAAUGUGGUGCUGGUGGUUUGCGGGGGGUCGAACACCAGCGCGGAGAUCCUCGAGAAGUACAAGGCGACGUAUGGGAUAGAGUAA